AGAAGAUGCCAACAGGUCUGGAGGCUCACGCAUGAGUAAGAAGACAAACCAGACCAGAAUGGAUCGGCAUGUGAGCACAUUCCGCCUGGCUUUCCUGCUCCUGGUCACAGUUGCUCUGGGAAAGGCACAAGCCAGUCAACUCACCGUCGAUUCCCAUGACAUCACCGUACUCCUGAAUACAAACGAGACCUUCGUGGUGUUCGCCAGCGAGGCGCUAACGACCGCAGUGCAAGUGACGCUGGGCACGGAUUCCGAUGACCACUUGAGCCUGAAUCCGACGCAAUUCACUUAUCCGGCCGGCAGUACCCAGAAUCAGACGGUGGUGAUAACUGGCCACAGUGCUGGCUAUGUGAAAGUGGUCGCCGAUAGCGAUGCUGCAAGCAAAGAGAUCGUAAAGGAUGUCUUUGUGCGCGUGACAGUGGCAAAAUCACGGGCUCUAAUAUACACCUCUCUUGUCUUCGGAUGGGUGUACUUUGUGGCCUGGUCGGUGUCCUUCUAUCCGCAGAUCUGGAUCAACUUCCGCCGCAAGUCGGUGGAGGGUCUCAACUUCGACUUCGUCACCCUGAACAUCGUGGGCUUCACGCUGUACAGCAUGUUCAACUGCGGCCUCUACUUCGUCAAGGAUCUGCAGGACGAGUACGAGGAGCGGCAUCCCCUCGGCGUGAAUCCCGUGAUGCUCAACGAUGUGGUGUUCUCCCUGCAUGCCAUGUUUGCCACCGUCGUUACGAUCCUGCAGUACUUUUUCUAUCAGAGGGCCCAGCAAAGAGUAUCGUACAUUGCCUAUGGAAUCCUGGGAAUCUUUGCCGUGGUCGUUAUUGUGUCGGCCGGCUUGGCCGGAGGCAACGUCAUCCACUGGCUGGACUUCCUGUACUACUGCAGCUACGUGAAGCUGACCAUCACGAUCAUCAAGUACGUGCCGCAGGCUCUGAUGAACUACCGCCGCAAGAGCACUUCCGGCUGGAGCAUCGGCAACAUCCUGCUGGACUUCACGGGCGGCACUCUAAGUAUGCUGCAGAUGAUCCUGAAUGCCCACAACUACGACGACUGGGUGUCCAUAUUCGGAGAUCCCACCAAGUUUGGACUGGGUCUCUUCUCAGUGCUCUUCGACAUUUUCUUCAUGCUGCAGCACUACGUUUUCUACAGGCAUUCGAGACAAACUUCGAGCUCUGAUCUCACCACCGAAACAGAAGCCCAGAAUCGAUCAACUGAAUCGCCGAGCGAUGUGACGACUGAGAAAUAUUAGCUCAUUAAUAAUGUUCUGCCAAUAGCGACUUUUUGUACAUUUAAGAAUUGUAAAUAUAUGUGUACGCCCUAGCUGCAUAAGCUUUAUCUAAA